GCCCGACCUGAUCGACUUCGACAAACUGAAGAAGUCCAACGCUCACUACAACCUGCAGAACGCCUUCAACCUGGCAGAGCAACACCUGGGCCUCACCAAGCUGCUGGAUCCCGAGGACAUCAGCGUGGAUCAUCCAGACGAGAAGUCCGUCAUCACCUACGUGGUGACGUAUUACCACUACUUCUCCAAGAUGAAGGCGCUGAAGGUGGAGGGCAAACGCAUCGGAAAGGUGUUGGAUAACGCCAUCGAGACGGAGAAGAUGAUCGAGAAGUACGAGUCUCUGGCCUCUGACCUGCUGGAGUGGAUCGAGCAGACCAUCAUCAUCCUCAACAACAGGAAGUUCGCCAACUCUCUGGUGGGCGUCCAGCAGCAGCUGCAGGCCUUCAACACCUACCGGACCGUCGAGAAACCGCCAAAGUUUACGGAGAAGGGGAACCUGGAGGUUCUUUUGUUCACCAUCCAGAGUAAAAUGAGAGCCAACAACCAGAAGGUCUACAUGCCCCGAGAGGGAAAACUCAUCUCAGACAUCAACAAGGCCUGGGAGCGACUGGAGAAGGCGGAGCACGAGAGGGAGCUGGCUCUGAGGACGGAGCUGAUUCGUCAGGAGAAACUGGAACAGCUGGCCCGACGCUUCGACCGCAAGGCGGCCAUGAGAGAGACGUGGCUGAGCGAGAACCAGAGACUGGUGUCCCAG